UCAAGCACGUACGCCACCCUCUCUACACACACUGCAGCCAUGGCCACUGCGAACCAAGACUGCGCCGCGACGUUCCAGUUCCACGACCAUCGCGGAGGUCCGGCAGCGACGGAGCUCCACGGCCGGACGAUCUCCUCCGAGCAGGAGCACGGCAUCAUCGUCGCCGCGCUGCGGCACGUCGUGUCCGGCUACACCACGGCGCCGCCGGAGGUCGUCGUGGCCGUGGCGUGCGGGCGGUGCGGCAUCGACGGCUGCCUCGGGUGCGACUUCUUCGGGGCCACCGAGCCGGAGGCGGAGGCGGCGGCCGUGCCCGUGGGAGCGGCGGGAGGGGGCCAGAGGAAGCGGCGGAGGAAGAAGAACGUCUACCGCGGCGUGCGGCAGCGGCCGUGGGGGAAGUGGGCGGCGGAGAUCCGCGACCCGCGCCGCGCGGUGCGCAAGUGGCUCGGGACCUUCGACACCGCCGAGGAUGCCGCGCGGGCGUACGACCUCGCCGCGCUCGAGUUCCGCGGCCCGCGCGCCAGGCUCAACUUCCCGUGCUCCGACGAGCCUCUGCGUGUGCACGGGAGCGGCAAUGGCGGUGAUGGUGAUGCUGGCGCGGCGCCGCAGAACGAGACUCUGACCACGCCGUCGCCGUGCAGCACGGACGCCGGCCAGAGGACGCCGGGACAAUGGCAGCUGGCUGCGGACGGGGCCGGCGACCAGCUGUGGGAAGGCUUGCAGGAUCUCAUGACGAUAGAUGGAGAGGGCCCAUGGUUCGCGCCAUUUUCGAGUCCAGCAUAAGUGUAUCUGGGAUCUUUGUAUAAAAUUAGUGGUUACUGAUAGUGAUAGAUACCAGCUGUUAGAAUAGACUAACCGAGAACCGUAGUAGUGAUUUAUUCGUUCAAUUUGUUGAGACAAAGCAUUGCUAGCACAGAGUCGUUACAUUUGUUAAGCAUCAGGAAGUUGUCUCUGUUUACUAACGAUUGUACUGUUUUAUCACCUGAAUUAAGAAACGAACGCAUGCAGGGUGUUA